UCCUGUCCUUUUAAAGUUAUAUAUACAAAGCAUUGAUAGUCUCUUUCCCAUCCCACGAGAAGCAGACAACGAUCUCACUUAAUUGCCAUUGUCAACAAGUUCAUCCAAAAGAUAACAAGUUAUAACUAUGACGACUACCGCUACGAGCACCGUCACAGCUACGACGGCGGAAAGUCCUCAUCUUGAAGCACUCCAACGCGAUGGCUUCGUCAUCGUUCGCUCCAUUCUGGUCCCAGACGAGGUAGCUAUCCUCCGCGAAGCCUCCAGCAAGGCGGCCUCAAUGACACGCGCUGGGAACUGGCCUUACCUACGAUCUGUGCCCAAACAAUUCCCUCCAUGGCCGAACACCCCUCCACCGUCGUCGGAGGGUGGUAUCUGGGGCGUCCAACAUUUGAUGCACCCUGAAAUGCCAGACCGUGAGGCUUUCAUCAAGGCAUAUUUCUCACCGAAAAUUCUUGCGGUAGCAGAAGAAUUACUAGGAGUAUCUCAGCCUUCUCGCGGUGAGCCGAAGAAGGAACUGCUUGUAAUGGAGUUAUUCAAUCUUCUUGUCGCGCCUGAAAAUAAGGCAUUCGAGUUGCGUUGGCACCGAGAUGACAUACCCGAGUCAGUAAGCCCAGAGCGCGAGCUAGAACUGCUCUGUCACAAAAGCCCUGAAGGGAAGCAGUCUCAUGCCCAAUACAAUCUAGCACUCUGCCCGGAUACCUCACUCAUCGUGGUACCUGGAUCGCAUCGACGUGUGCGCACAGAGAUUGAGCGAGCGGCAGGACCAUAUGAACCAACGCUACCGAAUCAACUUAUCGUCAAACUCGAGCCAGGUGAUGCUGUUUUUUACGACAGCAACAUACUGCAUCGCGGCAUUUACCAGCCAAAAGCUGAGGGUAAUGACGAGACCCGGUUAACAUUACACGGUAGUGUGGGGCUGAAGGAUACCACAAACGCGGAUAACAAAGUUCGCGCAACAGCCGUGCUACAGCACGGCAUUGGAUUCUGGAUAAAUCGCGACGAUGCUGUGUUAGGAGUCGGCGAACGAGCCGAGAAUAUGCGGAGCAACCUGAUUAGCCUAGGGAGAGGAGAUAAUGUGGGAUAUUCUUUGGAGGGAUAGAGAAACCGAAUCCGUGGUUGCUACAUUUGAUAUCGUUAUUGUUCGGUCUCCGCAUACAGAACAUCUGUCAUCAUU